AUGAAAUUCUUCGCUUCAGCAAUAUAUCUCCUAUCAACCCUUUCAAUGUUCGCCAACGCAAGAGUUGGAUCGGUCACUAUUGCUCCAGCACAAGUCAUCCCAGGUGAAAAUAUCACAGUAACAGUUUACUCUGCAUCUUAUAUUCAGAAUUGGGACGAUUUCGGUAUGAUCUGGGGAAUGAAAAAUGAUCAAUUAGAUAACUGUCAAUCGUGUCUAGGUCAAGAAUUGGGUUAUGUCAAUUUAUACGGUAACGCAACACAUGGAAAUACAACUUAUUCAGUACAGAUUCCAAAAGGUACCAAUACAGGUACUUAUACUUUCGUAGCAGCUGUCCCCAAUCUCGUAGGAGCAUCAGGCGAAACCAGCAUAAAUUAUUUCAACCAGACUAUGAACGUCAUUUCGAAUGCUAAAGUGAGAAGAACCUAG